AUGUCUUCUAUCGCCCGAACCUUUACCCCGCUGCGGACAGUAGCGAGAGCUCUUCCUCAGCGUCCAGUUGCAGCAAUCCAUACUUCAUCGGCUCGUGCAGCAAUGGGCGAGGACCAUCUCCAUCGCGACGACCGCCAUCACGAGAUUGACCAUCACAAGAACGACAGCGUCGAAAAAGCCAAGACCGGAAAGGGCGAAUGGAAACCAGAGCUCGCAUCUAACAGCGAGCAGACAGUGAAGAGUGACAAGUCGGACUUGACAAUGGAGCAGAUGCAAAAGUUGGGGGCCCAGAGAUCUGAGGAAGAUAAGAACCCUGGCGGAAGUGACAGCUCAACCGGUUCCCAUAAAGCGUAA